AUGACAGCUCUCUUUUGUCUUACCUGUGUCCUGGCACAGUGCAACAGUGUCCAGAACCUAUUGGACCAUUUGGGGGAUCAGCCUGGCGGUCUCCUGCCCCACUUGGAGGCCAUGGAGCGGGAUGUAACCCAGCUGAAGGAGUGGGCCUCUGGCCUAACAGAGAAACGUGGCAUGCUCCAGGAUAGCAUGGCGGCGCUUAAAGACGCUGUGGGAAAAAUUGAGGGACGUACCUCUGCCAUCACUACAGAUGUCAACAAUAAGUUGGCGUCGGUGCGGACCGACGUGCGUCGUAUGGACGGCCUCCAGUCAGAAGUUGGAUCUCUGCUGGAGAAGGUUCGGGGGCUGGAGGAGAGGGCUGCCCAGGCCGAACGCACCAUGGUCAAACGCAUCGGUGACCUGCUGGCAAGCAGCAUCGACCGCAUCCAGGGCCUCAAGGCUGCCUCAGAGCGCAAUGCCCAAGGCCUUGAGCAGCUCAAGCGGCGCCUUCCUGAAAUGUAUGCAGCAGACCAGCAGCUGUCUGAGCGCCUGAGGGAGCUAGAGGGCGGCCGCGCGCGGUUGGUUCGAACGGUGACGUUCGCAGGUGACCUUAAGCCCAAAGUGGCGGCCAUCAAAAGGGAUUUUGGGGCGAUGGCUCCUCAGGUGGAUGAGCUGACCCUGAGGAUUGGCCGUCUGGCAGAGGAUCUGACCAAGAGAGAGAAAGACAUUGCAGAGUUACGGCACAUGUUUGCUAACCUUAGCGCUGUGGAGGGGGACUUGGGAGUUGUGACACAGCAGCUGAGUCAGAUGGACGUCGGAGGUGAGAUGCUUCUACAGCAGGAAAGUGUUACUGAAGCCUUCACUAAGCCACGGGAAGGAGAGUUGUAA